AAAACAAAGUUAUCAGCAAACUAGAUUUUUCUUCCCAUCAAAAAAUAGUUUGUUACCAAAAGAACAUUCAAAUAUAAUCAAACGAACAUCAUUCGCAUCCUAUCAAAUGGAGCUUUUAAUAACAAUCAUUAUUAUGACACUGAUCGAGUCCAGCCACCAGCAAACAAACUAUUGCGAUUCCUCAUUAUGUCGAGCUGGUACUACCCAUAUAGCUUGCAACAGUUCGAGAACAUUAUCAACUACUUGCGGAGUUGAAGCAACUGAGAUAGUACUGGAUUCGACCCUGCAAGCGUUGAUCCUGGGUUUGCACAAUGGAUUUCGUAGCACCGUUGCUACAGGCAACCAAAGUAUUACUUCGAAUACUUUCUACCCACAAGCGAAGCGUAUGGCAACAGUGGUGUGGAGCACUGAGUUAGCGGAUAUUGCUGGAGCUAACACUCGACGCUGUAUUUACGGUAAUGAUCAAUGCCGAAAUACGGCUACAUUCACGGCAGCCGGGCAAAACAUUGCUAUAAUGUCGUACUUCGGUAGAACCAUUUCGACAGUUGCUUUGAUAAAGAAAAUCAUUAAUAAAUGGUACGAAGAAUACGCAUACGCCAACCCGACUAUCAUCGCGAGUUUUCCCAGCGCUCAUCAAGGACACUCGAUUGGCCACUUUACUCAGAUUGUUGGUGAUCGUGUUACUCAUCUUGGAUGCUCGUUGGUGGUCUAUUAUAAUUCGCCAUGGACUAGGCAGUACUUUGUGUGUGACUAUUCCUUGACGAAUAUCAUCGGUCAACCUGUUUACAAAAGCGGUGAUUACUGCUCCGAAUGCACAACUGGCUGCAGCACUGAGUAUCCAGGUUUAUGCACUGAAAAAGAAAUAAUCAAUUCUAACCCUUAAUCAAAAUUAUCGAUCAUUUAAUAAAGAUAUGCGCAU